AUGGCUGAUUGUAUAGAAAAAAAAAGGCAUGGCAUUAACUGUUACAUCCCAGCUGAGGUCUUCACUGGGGUAGCAGUUACAGAUUGAGCACUUUGGAGACCUUAGUGGGCCUGCAGCUGUGGUGCAAAAGAUGUCUACAGAGGAAAGUCCAGGAAAGUCAUUACUGAAAUGGAAGGGAAUAUUUCAGCAAAUGAUGUUAAAUCUUGGAUGUUAAGAAUUUCCUUUGAAGAAAGUGCAAAAAGCUUUUAUGAAGCAGUGGAAAGCAAACCAAAGGGCCUAUGGGAAUGCUACUUAUACCCUGACUGUCAUAAUUAUGGUUUCCAUGAUUAGAACUAUAUUGGUUUCUGCCCAAAGAUUGACAUUUUGAGGAACAAUGAAUUUUCCAGUCUCUGGAAUAGCUUUGCAGCCCUAUAUCUUUCCAUUGACAUUUAGAAACCCCUUGGAAACAGUCAAAACAUUUUGUACUUCUCUCAGUUUAGGUUGAAUGAAUCCAUAGGGCUCUCCUCCAUGGCAUCCCAAGACUAUGCUUCACCUGUAUUUGUGUAUACCUGACUAGGCUAUAGAGAGGAGCCUUUAUUAGUUCUGUGUAUUGAAAGUUUCUACUGGAAGAAUGUAGGCUGCAUUUAUCCUUUAACCAUUCUUGCAGAUGGUGCAUCAGGAUGGAAAACCUCCUACUUGGGCUAG